CGACACUACUUGUUCUAGAACAUCACACUCCACUCUGCCAAAGAUGAUCGACACAUUCUACGGGCGCGCUCGUCGACGGUCUAGCUGCACGGUGCCGCGCUUUCCAAGCGCCGGCGCGAAGAGCCUCCGGAGCGCGUCGCCGUAAAAACCGGUCGCAUUUCAGCAGCUUUCCGCAGCACUCGAUCUGCAUCGAAAAUGCCUCCUGCCAGGGGCUAUCCCGAUUUCCGCGGGCCGCCUGGUCAGUAUCAUGCAGGAAGGGCACAUCAUGGAGAGAAGCUGAAUAUUGUGGGUCACCUCGGCAACGGAAAUAUCGGAUAUGCCACUCUGGGAGGCGUUUCGCGGCCUUUGGUUAUGGCUGUCCGUUUGAGCACCAGCAAGUAAAUCUAUUUCUAGUUUGUCUUACAUGCAAUUCCACCAACUGCAACUCCAACUCGGAAAGUUAGGUAGACGAUUAGAAGGUCUUGUUGGAAAAUACGUACACGUUUUCACCCGGUCGUUCAGCGCCAGUAGUCGCGAAACCGAUUUUCCGCAACUUGCACCUCCUCUAAUUUCGAGCCGCUGUCAUCGCGUCUUUCGGAGAUCAAUCGACUCUACCCCGUCAUCUUCGUCCUUUGCACCACCAUCUACUUUUGGGCGGCAUUUCUCUUUUGCUACUUGAUACCCUCCUUGAACAGCGGUGGCGUCAGUCCAGGAAGAAAGGAAGAGGCGCAGGUACUUUCUGAUGUUCUAGAGAAUGUAAAAGUCAAUCUAGUAGCUGCGCUAAAACUAUUUGUAGCUCUUGUUGUCGAUUGUGAUCAUGUUGAUAAAAUGCUACUUAUACACAACUGUUUUCAACAUUCCUUGCCAAAAAUCCAACUACAGGCAAAUGGACCAUGGUUCGUGUUCACCACUGUGCUCUUCCUGUACUGCUACAGAAAAGCGAUCUUGACGGAUCCAGGCACCAUUCCAGAUUCUCAAGCUUGGCGGCAAACAGUGACGAAUCGUGGUACUAAUGAUGAGCAUAUGUUUGAUGAGAUUUGUCCAUUUUUGGAUGACACUUCUGAGAGAGAGAGAGCGAGAGUGUGAGUAAGUGUCAUAACUUUGAUGAUGUAUUAGGCGGGAAUCAACCUUCCUCUAGUAACCUUGGUAAAGUUGCUCUUUCUCCAUCUUUAUGUCUGUUUUGCUGCAAUUGUUUUUCCCCCAAACGCAGAAAUUGCAUAUAGUACUCGGCGAAUCUCAACAUCCUGAUCAUUUAUAUAGUACUAGGCGAAUCUGAGAUUCUCAACAUCACGAUUUUUUGAACGGGUGCUUAAUCUUCACAUCAAUUUUCAGCACAUCUUCUUCCGUAUCCAUUCUCAGGUGAAUCGCUCGCGGCUUUUCUCGUCGAGAAGAAGAAAGACGGUUACCUACGGUAUUGCAAAUGGUGCAACAAGUACAAGCCGGACCGUGCACAUCACUGUCGUGUUCUUGGCCGCUGCGUACUGAAGAUGGAUCAUCAUUUAUGAGGAACGGGCGGAUUGUCGAAUUGUUAUACAUGAAGCUCAACAAGAUCAAGAACAAGCUGUUGUCAGCAAGAACUUAGAGGAUAAAGAUAUAGUUGAGUUGUAUGUUGAGAUGAAGUGCAGCAGAAUACUGCUAUCUAACAUCGUACUCCUAACAAAUUGAUUCUGUCUUACAACCCCUCUUUCAUACCACUGUCCCUGGGUCUCGAAUACGAUCGGGUUCCACAAUCACAAGUAUUUCCUCCUCACUUUGUUCUACGCGACCGCUACGCUAUCCAUACUCUUCUCCACCCUUUUGCCCUUUGCGAUUGGGGUCUUGAAGGGGACCGCUGAGCUAGGUGGCGACCAGAAUAAACGAAAGAAUAAAUACAUGAUGGUGUCGACGGAACAGCUACCUCCAGGGUCAUCAGGAGCGUCUUCAGGUAGUCAUGGGAGAGCUGCGAGUCACUACUUCUUAGGAGGGAGACUUCUGCGAACUCUACUUGGAAAGAGUGUCGACGGCUCGUCGAGGACGGCAAUCUCUGGUGCAUACGUAGAUCAUCCAUUGCCUGGAUCCGGUGAUGUGCUGCGCCAUAACGCUGGCGGUUCCACAGCCGUAUCACUGCUUCACUCAGGACAUGGACAGGCGUCGACAGAUAAUUCAUGGAUGAACCUCUUCAUAACGUCGCUUUACCGGUUACGAGAGACCGAGGCGGACAAAGACAAGGCGAGAUUGUGGCAACAGCAGCACGCGCUUGGCGUUCGAGUUAUGACUGCUGCUCUUGAUGAUUUUCAUUUUGUUCUAUUUUUCGUGAUGAUCAUGAGAUGAUGAAUCAUGUUUCUGGGCUUUCCUCAUCUAUACUUCCGAUCCAGGGACAAUCAACAUGGAGGACGAGGUGACAAAAUGAAUGAUAACCUUCUUCGAGGACGAGGAGCUCUAAUCGAAGAGACAUCAACAGGGACAAUCUCUACUACAACGGUAACAAGAUCAGUCAUCCAGAGGUGGUGGAAGGCAUCCAAGUGGGAGAUGACGGAGACGCGGAGAUCACUCGGACUGCGUCAUUUCUCAGCGAGGGAACGGGCUUGUACGCCAAAGUGAACGAUCCAUUCGAGACGUUCCGCUACGGCGAUUUACUGACGGCGUACGGACAGUCGUCGCCUUUUGUCUUUCGCACGGUGGCGCCGGGAGAGCCGUACUUUCCCGCAUUUGAGUUGUUUCACCUGAUUUUUGCCACGUCAUUGUCGGCGCUGCUGGGCACGGUGGUGAGCGGCUUUUUCCUCUUUCAUUUGUACCUCGUAUCGAUCAACUCCACAACCAUCGAGUUCUGCGAAAAGAGCAGGACAAAGAGUAUGGCGGAUCUGCAUGUAAGCACUUAGCUUAUCUUUUAGUGUAAAUGUAAGUACUAGUUCUUGUAGCAGUACCAUUGGCCUGGGUGGGCAUUCGUUGUGGGAGUUGACCUCGUGUCAGCUGCCAUUCUGUCCUAACGCAAAAAAAAAAAAAACUACGGUGAUCAAGAAUGGUCAUAACAGGGACAUACACAUGACAAGAUGCACUUCUAGUUUCAAGAUCUGACGCAUUUUUCUCUCCCCCUCUAAACCAAGUUCGCAUGACCAUGAUAAGGGGGAAGGACAUCACGAUGACGAAGUCAUGCCUGGCGAUCGAGACUGGAGCAACCGAACCCCUACUAGCAUCGAGCAGGAGCGCGGAACCGAAGGUGGACGCGGCGGCGGUGCGGGUUCAAAUACUGCCCAAGAAAGAAGCGGAGACGGGCAGCAUGCGCAUCAUCGCCAUGAUCACGAGCCUGGAUUGCUCACGGCCUGCGUCGCAGGGAUGAUGGCGCCAGGAGGCAGUCAAUACGAUGUCGGAUGCUGCGGAAACUUUCUUACGGUCUCAAGUUAAAUGUGACUGGCUCUUGCUCAAAAAAGUAAAAAGUUCAUCUUGACUUUUCUAACGUCCGAGCAGCCUUAGGACCGUAUUUUCUUUGCUGGCCGUUUCCAGCGACAGCAGCUGAGGGUGACGGCGUCAUCUUUUUAGAUGAGGAGACAAUCGCCUCAAGGCUAGACGCGAUAGCAAAAAUGAACGAUCACGAAGAACUCCUCGACAGCGAGGAUCUUGGUGGAGCUGUUGUCGUGGCGGGUCAGAUCGUAGAUCCCGCUGACGAUGAUGUGCAGUCACCACCAGGAGACCAGAAAGCAUCAGGAGAUUCUUCAACAGCACAACUGCCCAGAAGGCGGAGUAAAGAAUCUGAUAGCGGCACUGCGCCGGGUGGAGCAAAUGCAACGGCAACAGAUGCAACAGCGCAGGCAGUAGACGACGCAAAGGGCAAGGAGUUCUUGUACUAUGCAUACCAAGAUGAAGGAGCAGGGGUUCAAGAUGAUGCAUCGUCGUCCCUUCCCGAAGAACAUCUUCUUUGGGGGAGCGACAGCCCGGGCGCGCAGCCAGCGUCCCGCAGAGCUCCGGAAUCAGGAGGUAACAAGAAGAGUCGAAAAUACUACCUUCAAAAGCCUCCAACGACUGCUGCAUCGUCAUCUUCAAGUAGAGCAACAAGCAAAGAUGACGGAGAGAACGUAGCAGUCGUGCGUGGGCGCAUCGUAGAACCUUGUGGACAGGACGUGACAGAGGCAGGUGGAAAGGACGUGAAGAUAGAGGCAGGUGGUGGACUUGGGCUCGGUCAGGAUGACGAUGAACUAGUACUGGAAAGUCUCCUCGAAGAUACUGCAGAACCUUCGCAACAGCGUGCGGGCACUAGCAGCGCGACCCAUGCGGCGGGAGCAGCAGAAACAGCAGGAUCGCAAAAACAUAUGCACCAGUUAACAUCAGCAUCCAGUGCGCAAUUGCCGAAGCCUCUGGAUGAGGAUCCGUUCUUUCCAAAACCGCCAUCAAGACAAUGGGCCAAGAAGAACGCGACGAGCGGCAAUUGGCAAGCAGCGGCGUCGAGGAGCAAAAGUAGUAGGAGGAUUGCAGGCAAUUCUGAAUGUGAUGAGAAACGAAUAGGCGCAGCGGCAGCAAGAGGAGUUGCUGGAAGAAAAGCUGGAUCUUCCGCAAAGCCAGACAAAGAGGGUCUAGCAGCUUCUUCAUCAUCCUCGAGAUCGAGUACUAGUACGUCAAGACUUGUAGAAAAUAGAAAUGACGGAAUGGAUGUGUUGAAGGCACCUCCGGCAAUAGAGGCUGUUUCGUUAUCAUCGUCCCCCGAGUGCGAACACUCUGAUAACAACUUCCAACAUGGAGACAACAGAACUAGAAGUAGAACAGCUCCAGUGGACAGCACUGACAAUUCCGAGCAAGAAUCUUCGUUUGAACAGAAUAGGCCUCUCCCUUCCGAGCAUGCUGCAGACAGUGACGUCGCGCUGCGAUCGAAUAUUCAUACACCGCUAGACGAAUUCGACGAGACCCGAUCGAACUCGAAUCCACCGCUACUGGCUCUCCUCGAGAACCAGGAAAGGCAGUGGAAACGGAGUAGCACGUCAACGUCGUCUUCCCCGGUUGGUGGGGAGCAGAGAGAAGAUGAUAUCUGUGCUGGAGAGUCUGCUGUAGUAGAAGUGCAAGCUCCUGCUCCUCCUGCUCCUAGUGAAAAAUUGGAAGAGUCUUCUGUGUUACCUCAAGUACAAGAACCUAGUAGUGCAACCGAAGUAGAUUUAUAUCCAGAUGAUGCAGGAAAGUCUGCUGUAGUCGCACUAGAAGUAGAAGAGCGAGAUGACCCUCCUAGGGCAGAAAUUGAAGAGCAGCUUCCUCCUGUAUCGUCUUCGAUACAAGAACCCAGUAGUGCAGCGGAAGCAGAUCUCCCAGAUGCUGCAGAGGAGGUGUUCAAGAGUCCUGAAGACAACAAAGAGGGGUGCGGUGGACACGAGGAGUUGCCGCUGCCACAGGAUAUGACAGUUGUAGAUACUUCAGUAUUGGAAGGUGCAGGAGAAGAUUUUGUAGAGGAGUCCGCUUUUAGCACGCCAAAGCAGCUGCAAGGACCGAAACUCCUAUCAGAUGACGAAGAUGAAGAAGGUGCGGCUGUGAACCCGGCGAAUCACGAUGCUCCUCUUAGUGCUAGAACACCAACUGGCACUGGACGAACAGGAAAGCGUGUAGUCGAAUAACAAAAAUAUAGUGAAUGAUAUACAUUCUUCAGCUAACUCUAAGAGAAAGACUAAGACUUCAGUGAGCGACCUACUUGAACUUGAUGUUAAUAUAAAUGAAAACUUCACCGCUCUUUGACCGAUCAAUAUGUCUGGUAUUAACGUAAACGUCAAUAAACGUAACAACUAGGACACCUGAUUCUAUCGACAGCUAUCAACUAUCAAAUAUAAAGCCAAAAUGAAUGUAAGUAAUGCCAAACAGAUGACCGAUAUUUUUCUUAGCGAGCUCCUGUUAUUCUAUGUUAAUAAGGCUAAUGUAAGUUUGAGAAUAGAGCUAAAAAGUAGACUGAUGAAGAAGAAAAAUGUUGAAAGAAAUCAGUAGUUUCACCACUGUAAGAUGAAGAUUCUCACUAGUUGUAGACAACAAUAAACCCUCAUGAUGACCAUUUAAUCCUCGCGUCACAUGUAUAGUGGGGUGUCGAUGUUCCCGCUCGCAGUCGUUUUAGUCUAAAUCAUUCCUUUCGCAUUGUAGAACUAUCAGUUUAACUGUUACAUAAUGUAGACGGAAAUUGUGCACAUUCCUCUUUAAUCGCAUUUAUUUGUACAUAGAACACAUUUUUCAAUUGCAUGACAGGUGGAAGUUCAAGAAAUUCUCUUUCAUCUCAUGAUCCGUCCAUGAUGAUUUCCAGUGCCACGCACAAGCUGAUGGAAGAUAGAAGAUGCGUAAGAAACACGGGCAUAGAUGAAGGCAUACGCAUACCUACGAAGAGAUACUUGUGGAUUCAGUUUUUGGCGUCCAGUGUCAACAUUUGUCGGACC